AUGUCCAACCCGGCAGUCAGAUCAAUGAUUAACAAUGGUAAAGAACCUGUUUUUUGUAGACAAUCCGGAACAGAGUGUUUCCACGAUUUGAGUCAAGAUAAUGUCGAAAACCCAUCAAUAAAUGACAAUUCGCUGAUAACUGCCCGACUGCGCAAAUGCAGCAGUAGUUUCGAAUUUGAUCUCAGAAUACAUCAUCUCAUAAGUGAUGGAAGAAGUCUAGCUAUACUUGGUGAAGAAGUAGCGAAUGCCUAUAACGGCGGACAGACGAACAAGGAAGACUCUACGUACUUCGAAAACCCAGCACAUAAUGACGUUCCGGACUUCUGGAAAGAGUACUUGAGUGGAUACGAACCGUGCUCUGUUGAUGAGAAUCGAAUUUGUGGAGUUGUCGAGGGUGAAGCUGGCUACGUCACUGCAAAUCUCAGUUUUAUUGAAAAGUUACGCACAAUUCGUAUGACGUACGACAAGGAGGAUGUUAUUGUGGGGACCACAAUUGCUAACCGAACAGCGGAGAACAUGAACACCGUAGGACUUUUCGCAAAUACAAUUCCGCUACGAUUUAGUAAGGAAUUUAUUGAUUUCAAAGAACAGUUGGCGUAUACAGUAGAGCAGAUUUUGUCAGCAAUGGAAUACCAUACCACCCCCUUAGCAAAAAUUAUCGAAGAAAUGGUGAAGGAGCGCGAUGUGGAGAGUGCACCUCUAUUUCAGCAAGUUAUCACAUUUGAAAGCACGUCAAUAAAUGAGCUACCAGAGAUGGAGGGGUUCACUAAAAGCAGUUUCGAUGCAAGUAUUAGCAACACGUUCGGAACGCUCCUAAAUGGUGGCAUCUUGGUCAUUCGCAACGAGGAAGCCGAUAUUACGCAGGAGCUGUCGAAGCAUCAGCCCAUUGCUCUGCUCCAUAUGACUCCUAUCGUUAUGAAUAUGUUUGACGAAAGCGACCUCAAACAGCUUGAAGAUGUUGAGAAAUGGAGUUUUGGGGGUGAAACUAUCUCCACACGGACGUUGAAAUUUAUGCUUAACAAAGGAAUCCGACUGAUACAGUUGUAUGGACCUACGGAGGCAACGUGCUACCAAACACUACUGGAUAUGAAAAUCGGGCAUAAACCCACAUGUGUAGGACCUGUGAUUCCAAAUCUUUCCCAUGGCGUAAUGUUGGACAGUUUUUCUGUAGUGGUGAAAAUCUUGCAAGGGGAUACGUUGGCAACAUCAUUGGUGGUUUUUUGCCUAACCCAUUCCGAACGACCACAGAUCGAGUAUUAG